AUGGUCAAGAUCUCCGCCCUCGCCCUCGGGCUCCUCACCCUUGCCAGCGAAGUCUGCGCUCAAAAGACAGUCAAGGUCAUGCCCUUUGGUGCUUCCAUCGUCUCGCGAUGCUGGCGCGCCAACCUCCAAACCAAGCUUAGGGAUGCAGGUGUGACGAACUUUGACUUUGUCGGUGGCCAAAAGAGCACCUGCAGUGGGACCAACAUCGACCAGGAUCACGAAGGUCACCCCGGAUUCCAAGCCGCCGACAUUGUCAAGAACAGUCAACUGCCUGGCUGGCUCGACAAGAACCCCCCGGAUGUCGUUCUCAUGCUCCUCGGCACCAACGAUGUCCUCAUCGGCAAGAGGCCUAUCAACGACAUCAUCGCUUCGUACGACAUUCUUAUCGCACAAAUGCGGAAGAAGAAUCCCAACAUGCAGAUCGUCGUCUCUAACCUCCUUCCAUUGGACCCCGCGCGCUUCAAUGCCCAGGCCGUUCAAGGCAUCAAAGACCUCAACGCUUACAUGGCUACGCACAUGCCUAAGAAGAGCAAUGUGAAGAGCCCGGUCUACUUCGUUGACAACUUUGCCGACUUCGACGCAGUCAAGGACACAGAUGAUGGUGAACACCCCAACUUGCAGACGGGUGUACAGAAGAUGGCGAACAAGUUCUUCGACGCCACCAGGACAGCAAUCAAGGGAGCUGCUGCGGUCAAGGCAAAGAGGCAGAGCAUAGUUGAGAGGAGACUACUAGACUAG